GGUUAGUCAGUAUUCAAGCGCGGCUUGAGCGUGUUGUGCGGUGCGGCAAAAAUUAAGCGGACCAACGUUAUAGCAAACAUCAGUGGUGGUGGUAACGGUAGAGGUGCCAAUAAGCUGGUUCGUUGCUUGUGCAGUUGUUUGGCAACAGUAGUUGAAUGCAGUUGAUGGUGGCCGUUGUGGCAUUGGAUAUCAUUUUUGUAAAUUUCGAAGAACGAAACGCUCAAGUUCUAAAGUACGAUUUGUGACGUUGAAGCGAAUUCUAAUUAACGAAAGAAAACAAGUUUUUGUAUACCUAUUUAGCAAAAAUAUCAUAUUUGACACUUUUUCAACCGAAUUCGCAGUUAAAAGGCAAAAAAAGACUGCAGUGUUGGCUUUGGUCUCUGAUAAAAACGGAAGUUUGUAACACAAGUAACGGAAAGCAAUAAAAUUGCAAAGUUUAUGAAAGCCAUAAAACGAAAUUACAUAAAGCGUGAAUUAAUAAUAUGGGCGCGAAUAAAGAAGCACAUAAAAUCUAACGCCAAUUAAAAACACAAGCAAGUUUUUGUAAACUGCUACUAGAAACGACUAAAAGCAACUGAAAUAAAAUCUAAAAAAAGUCUACAAAGUAUCCAGUAGCUGAAAAUUGCCGAAAUGACGCGAAACUAAUACAUAGCUUUAAUAUAAUUUAAAUCCGUUAAAUUUCAGUACAAACAGAUAUGUCUACAAAGUCUCCACAAGUCACAAACUACCAAAAACUAUACGCAAACUCUUUAAAACGGCAAUAAAGCACAGAACAAGGCUUUGUAGAAAAGUCUCCAAGAUUGAAAUAUACAAAAACCUAAUUUUACGAAGGUUGGAAUAGUGAACAAUUUCUAAAAGUUGUGACACAAACUUACUGCAUCCUAAAUCCGGUAAUAAACGAGGAUAUAGGAAUCAAAUCCAUAGCAUCUAAAUACAACCAGAUAGAUACUCCGAACUUCUACAACAGAGACCAUUCAAGGUUGCCAGUUUGAAGUCAUCUCCGCACCCAAAAUGUCCGCUAUGAUAAUGUUGCGUCGCUUCAUCGACCUCCUCCUCUUUUUCGUACUAAUUGGCGUUGAGAUCGCGCUGCGCCAAUGGAUGCCACCACAGAAGCGCGGCUUCUUUUGCGGCGAUGAGUCGUUGCAGUACCCCUUCACCAGCGCACAGACUUUUGGUUUUGGCGCGCUAUGCAUUGUCGUCCUUGGCAUUCCCUUCUUUGUCAUCCUCAUCGUGGAACUCUUUCGACAGCUAUCACAUAGCCGUGGCAAGCAGCAUGGGCCUGUAGCGCACGAAUCCAACGACGAUUCUUGCCACUGCGGACGCCGCUGGAAGAAUAUUUACGCGCAACUCGGCUACUACUUGCUGGGCAUGCUGAUGACGCUAAUCGCCACCGAGAUACCAAAGCGCGCCAUUGGGCGCCUGCGCCCAUAUUUCUUUAGCAUUUGUAAGCCACGGCUGGUCGAUGGCACCAACUGUGACUUUGAACGCAACGAAGGCCAAUACUUCGGCGAAUACACUUGCGAAAGUGAUCUUAGCCAGAAAAUGAUGGCCGAAAUGGCAAUGUCCUUUCCCAGCGGACACUCCUCACUCGCAUUCUACGCCAUGGUUUACAUCGCACUGUACCUGCAAGUGGCGCUCAGCACACGCGGCUCCAAGCUACUCAAACAUUUCCUGCAAUUUGGCUUUGUUAUGUUGGCUUGGUUUGUGGCGCUGACACGCGUCAACGAUCACUGGCAUCACUGGUCCGAUGUGCUGGUGGGUAUACUGUUGGGCACGCUAUUUGCGUGGUUGGUGGCGCGUUACGUGGCCAAGUUGUUUGAGGGCCGUUGCUCGUCGUCCACAUCAGCCGCGGCGGCGAAAUUGUUGGCACAUGCCAGCGUAGCCUCUGCGUCGGCGCAAUCGGCGACGCCGGUAUUGCCUGCGUACACAUUUGGCAGUGUGCCGUAUCUGCAGCACCACGGACCAAAUCAUGCCGCCUACGGUCAGACAUACCACAAUUACGGCUACGUGCCAUAAAGUGGGCAUGGCGGAGGGAGAGAAGAAGCAAAUGGGCACGAAUGGCAGCUGCAGUGCAAAAACAAAAAUAUAUACGAGUACGUCCAAGUGCAGCUGAGUUGCAGUGAAAGCCGUUGCAAUUUUGUUAUUGUUUUAUUGUUUCUUAAUUUUUUGCUUAAAUUUAAGUUUGCAACGCACGCAUGUUUGGUAUUGGAAUUUGAAAAGAAAAGAGAAACGUUUCGUACAACAUACCUGUGUACAUUGAAUGUAGCAUUUCUCGGUUAAGUGAUUUCGUUGAAGUCUUUCAAAUCAGAGUCGAAUUUUAAUUGUAACUUACCUUUAGGGCAAAUACAUACAUGUACCAAGUUAUGACCUUUUAAUAUUUAAGGUGUUGAUUGGCUUAAAAGUUCAGUUAAUUCUUGUGAACACUAAAAACUAAAAAAGAACAUUUGGUUCAUUCAAAAACAGUGACCAGAUAAAAAAAUAAUAAUUUUUGGAGUCUCCAAAAAACUCUCCAAGUUCUAGUAAAGUAUAAUAUUUAUUUAUUUCCCAGUUUAGUUAGUACCUAAAAACUCAAAAUAAAGUUUUUAGUUUAAGAUUUGUAACUCUCCAAAAAGUCUCCAGAGUUAGAAAUUGCUAAAUUCUAAUUUUUAUAUAUUAAAAUGGCAGCUAGACCCCAAAACACAAGAGUUUCACUUAAUUGUAAAAGUCUUCAAAAAGUUUUCAAUGGCAAUACUAUUUGAUAACUCACAACUGCUAUAGUUUUAGUAUCUAUAUAUUUUGGGAAAAUAUUAUUAUACCAUAAAAAAUAGAGUAAAAUCAAGAGUUUACUUCUGGUCAGUCAAAAAUUUAGUUUCCAAUUAUGCUAAUGAUUUCUUUCUAUUCGAAUUUAUUUCUAAUAAUAAAUUGUUAGAGAUAAACACUUAGUUAUUAUAUACAUAUAAAUUUAUAUAUUUAUAUAAUUAUAAAUAUAUUUAUUGUGUACAUAAUAUAUUUUACUAUACGAAUGCUUGUGAGAAAAAUUUGUAACACAGAGCUAGCACUGUUUUGUAAGCGAAAUUCGCCUUUUCAUAUCGAAGAGCUUUAACACUUUUAUUAUAUCUAAAUAAAAAGUACAGCUAUUGUUAUUUUAAAUUAU